AUGAAGGCACCAGUGGAGCCGGAGGAACAACAGCAGCGGCAGCAGGAAGAGGAGCAGCAGCAGCAGAAGAUGAUGACGAUGAUGAUAACUUUGAUGAGGAGACUGUCUCUAUUGAUUCAAAAAGGCUUGAGGAAUCAUGUAAAACUUGUGGAAGUACUCAUUCAGUCUAUAAUGAUGAAAAGUCAUCAUGUGGUGCCCAGUGUCAUUUCUGUAACAGGACCAAGAUGCUGUACGGGGUGA